UUGAACGGCAACUUCACCGGAGAGCCGCGCGCGCCCCUCCGCCUGUCGCCCACAACAGCCCGCAUCAUCAUCAUCACCCUCCUCAUCCUCAUCCUCAGCAGCAGCAGCGGCGGCGGCAGCAGUGUGAUGAAGAGGACGGAGACCUGAGACACUGGAGCAGCCCGCAGACAGGAUGACCGAGGUGAUGAACUCUCUGGAGCCGGGGACGGAGGACUUCAGCGGGGGAGGAGCGGGGGGAGAUCAGGACGCAAUCUUCCCUGAGACCCAUGAAAGGUAUCCCAAGCUGUCCAAGAGGCUGCCGUCCAUCGUGGUGGAGCCCACCGACGCCACUGAGGUGGAGAGCGGCGAGCUGCGCUGGCCGCCGGACGACCCCGGCUCGCCGGACGCCAAGGGCGAGAGGAAGAUCCCCGGAGAUCAGGCCGCAGGAGGCGCGGAGCCGUCGAGCGUGGGCGAUGAAGAGGCCUCUGGGGUCGACAUGCAGGACUCCAACUGAGCGCCUCCUGAGAAACACACUGUUUCUGUGAGUGUGUGUGCCGAGACCUGGAGGAGUGACGGCGAGUUCAGAGAGGAGAACACGACGCCAGGAGAGAGAGCGAGAGAGCGAGAGAGAGAGAGAGAGAGAGAGAGAGAGAGAGAGAGAGAGGAAGAGUCAGAUUUAAAACAACAGAUUCCCAAACCCCAGCUCUCGGGCUUGGAGCCAGAGUUUUCCAGUGGAUUUUCUUUUCAUUUCACAGGUGAGGAAACUUGUCGUGACUCAUGUUAACUAGUAACAGGAACUGAAGGACCAAAGCUGCAAUUAUUUCCUCACUCUUCUUUUAAAACUAUCAUUU